AUGUUGUUAGAUUUAUCAAAUAAUAAUUUGAAAAGUUUAGAGGACUGUGAUAUUAUCUUAGAAAAGUUGAUUGAGUUAAAUUUGGAUUACCCAAGUAUAACCUAUUUAAACGUUUCUCAUAAUAAUAUAAAAUCGAUAAAAGGAUUAAGAGCUUUUGAAAAUUUAAGAGUUUUGAAUAUAUCCCAUAAUGAAGUGAUAUCCUUAGAUGAUGACUAUAUUCCAUGUUGUACGGAAAAAAUUAUAGCUGACCAUAAUUUAUUAACAGAUAUAUGUUUUAAGGGAAUUGAAAAGGUAGAGGAAGAAUAUGAUGAAGAGAUUUGUGAGGAAAAUAAUUCGUAUGAAAAAUAUAAUUACGAGAAUGUAUAUAAAGGUAAUGAUGAUGAUAAUGAUGAUGAUAAUGAUGAUGAUAAUGAUGAUGAUAAUGAUGAUGAUAAUGAUGAUGAUAAUGAUAAUAAUGAUGAUGAUGAUGAUGACAUAAAUUGUAAUAAUAAUUUUUAUUGUGAUGAAGAUGAUAAUAUUUUGUGUGGGAAGGAUAUUAUAAAAAAUAAGACAAAGAAUUAUAAAAAUAAGGAUAUAAAGAAUAAGAAGAAUAAUUAUCACAUUGAACACGAGAAGAGGAAUCAGCAUAAUAAUAAUCAUGAGAAGAAAAAAGUUACAAGAAAUAGAUCUAUAUAUGACUCUUUUAAUACUAAUAUAUUAAAUGAGAAGAAUAUGUACACAAAUAAGAACUUACCCUUAAAUAAAUUAAUUUAUCUUGAUGUUAGUUAUAAUAAUAUAAAAAAAUUAACAACAUUUGAAAAAUAUUUACAUAUAAUAAAUAAAAAUAAAAGAGAAAAAAAUGAUUCAUGUUCUGAUGAUGCUUAUAUGAAUAAUUUUAUUUCUAAUAAAACAGAACAAGAUGUUAUGAUUUUAUUUUUUAAUUCUUUAGAAACUUUACAUUUAAGAGGUAACCAAUUAACUAAUCUCAAAGGUCUAAGCGUUUUCAAAAAUUUAAAAGUUCUUGAUUUACGUUCCAAUUUUAUUAAUCAUCCUGUACAAUUAUUUUAUAUUUUAGAUAAUAAAAACUGGCUUAAGAAAUAUCAGAAAAAUAAAAUGGAAAGGAAAGAUACCAAUUAUUAUUCUUAUUUUGUUUAUAUCUUAAAAAAAUAUAAAAAUUUUAAAAACCUACAGAAUCUAUUUCUUCAAGGAAAUAAUAAAGUUCUCAAACCAAAAUAUUUAUUUAUGAGUGUAUAUAAUGUUUUGAAAAAUAUUAACGUUAAAAGGAAGUUAAGCACUGAUGUUAUCACGGAUAACCUCUCCUUAGACGUAUCCAAAAAAAAAAAAAAAAAAAAGAAUUUUGUGCACAAUGGUGAGUCGGACGAUGAACGAAAUGAAGCUGGAGGGUAUGUGGAUUGUGAAGGGGAAAAUAAAAAGUACGAUGAAGUAGAGGAGGGGGAAGGAGAAGAAUACGAAGGAGAAGAUGAAAAUGAAGAUGAAGAUGAAAAUGAAGAUGAAGAUGAAGAUGAAAACGAAUACAAAUACAAAUACAAAUACGAAUACGAAUACGAAGACGAUAUGGAAAAUGAUAAAAAUGAAGAAGAAGAUUUUAUAAAGAAUGUUGAGGAAGAGCAUUCUAGUUUGAACCGAAAGAAUAAGAAAAAAGGAACCGAAUUAAAUAACCGUUUGGAAGAAAAGGAAAUAUUUGAUGAAAAAAUAAAAAAAGACAAAAUGGAUGAUCAUAAUAUUAACGAAUAUAAGGAUAAUAUAAAAAAUUGUCCUAACAAUAUAGAUGAAGAAGAAUCAUUUUACGAAGAUGAUAGUUCGAAUGAAUAUACUUAUAUAAUGGAAAAAAUGGGGAAAUCAUCUAACAAGAUUAAUAAAUUGGAAAACAAUAAAAAUACAAAUAAUUAUUUAAGUGACAUAACACAUGAAGAAAAAGAAGUUUAUGAUGAUACUUCUCAAGACAACGGAGAAUCGAAUAUAAAUAGGUCUUCGAAAUGUUCUCCCUUAUAUAGCGAAGAUGAUACAGAAAUUGAAAGUAACGAAGAAGAAGAAUAUGCACUGAUAAAGAAAAGGAAUAAUAAAGAAAAUGAAGAAAAAGGAUAUUAUGGUGAUAAUAAUAAUGAUGGUGAUAAUAAUGAUGGUGAUAAUAAUGAUGGUGAUAACAAUAAUGAUGGUGAUAACAACAAUGAUGAUGAUAAUAAUGAUGGUGAUAACAAUAAUGAUGGUGAUAAUAAUGAUGGUGAUAAUAAUGAUGGUGAUAACAAUAAUGAUGAUGAUAAUAAUGAUGGUAAUUAUUAUGGUGAAGGAAAAAAGGUUAAAGAGAAAGAUAAAAGUUUAUCUAUAAAAGACACGUUUAAUAAUAAAAAUUUAUAUUCUUGUAAAACAAGGGAAAAAAAAUUUUUAUAUUCAACUUAUGAUGAUGAAGAUGAAAAAAAAAUCGAUGAUCUCAUUAAACAUAUUAGUUAUAGUGUAAGCAGGAAUUCUUCAAAUAUUAUGUCGUCUCAAAAUUCAUGGAAAAAAAACGAAGAAUGUAUAAAAGUGAAAAGUUGUGAUAAUAAUAAAAGAGAAUUUGUCUGGGAUAAUGGACAAACAGAAGAAAAUCAGGUUCAAAAUAAAAAUAGAGAAAGAGAUAAUAUUAAGAAGAAAAAUUUGAAUACUAAAGAAGAGAAUUAUAUAUCUGAAGUAUCAAAUGGGUCAUAUGUAGAAAAGGCAUAUAAUUGUAAAAAAAAUAUUUAUAAAUAUAAAAAAAGUGAUGAUAACAUAAACAAAUCUCUUUUGAAUAAAAAAAACAUUUUUCCAUUAUGUGAAAGACAUAACGAAGAAUACUUAAAUGAAAAAAUAAAUAAUAAGAAUACAAAUAAUAAUGUAAAUAUUAACCAUGAGAAUAAUAUUAUAUUAAAUACAAAAGAACGUUGUUCUUAUACAAAACAUUGUCAUAAGAAUGAUAGAGAGAAUAAUAAAAUAAAGAAAAAUAAAAUGGAGAUUACAAUGAAUUCAUUAGAUAAAAGGUAUAAACAAAAUGAAGGAAGAAACAUUUGCCUUCCAUCUGUUUUAAAAAAAAAUAAAAAGACUAAUGAUGUACUUAAAGAAAUAUUGUACAAAAAUAGAGACAUGGAUAAGUCAACUCUAACCAACUUUUCUUCUAUAGAGGAGAGUAAUAUGUUUGAUAGCGACUGUGAAGAAAUGAUGCUUACAUCGAAUAGUGACGAUAUAAAUAUUAAUAAAGAAAAGAUGAAUAUGGAUGAUUAUAAUAAAAUGAUAGGGACUAUAGAAAAAAUGAUCCAAUAUAAGAACAGUAAAGAAAAAGGUAUUAUCGAUGAUGGUGAUAUUUGUAUUUCUAAGCAGGAGAAUGCACAAGGUAUAUUUAAUGAAAAAAGGAAAAAGGAGCAACUAAAUAAGCAAGGCACAAAUGGAGUCAUGAAUGAAGACCCAAAUAAAGUUAUACAUGGAGUCAUGAAUGAAGACCCAAAUAAAGUUAUACAUGGAGUCAUGAAUGAAGACCCAAAUAAAGUUACACAUGGAGAUAAAGAUAAAUAUAAAAUUGAAGAUUCUCUAUACAAUGAUGAGGAAAAAAAAGAACUGUGCAAUAUUUUAAAUAUUUCUUAUAAAAAGAAUAAGACUAAUUAUUGUGAUGACAACAAUUUAAAGACAGAGAAAUGUAAUAUCCAAAGGAAUAUUAAAAACGAAAUGAAUAUAAGCAAUAGUAACAAAGAUAUGUGUAUAUACAAAAUUGAGGAAGGGAAAGAAAAUGUAACAUAUAAAUGUAAUCAUAAAAAUAAGUUACCAAUGUCGAACCCACAAAAUAGAAAGUUAUAUCAUGCUUGUUCAUCUUUUAAAUCAGAAUCUACAGAUGUAACAGAAAGAACAAUGAAUAUGGAUAAGAAGUUAAUAAUAAAAAAAAAUAUUUUAAAUAACGAUUCUUUAAAUAUAAAUAAUCUGAAAAAUAUAAAGGACUUAAUAAUAUCAAAGAAUAUGAUGAAUAUACAAGCUUAUCCUAUACAUAUUCAAAAUAAUAAGGAAACAAAAAAAUGGAAUAAAAAAGAAGAACAUGAUCAUAAUAUGUCUUCUAUGAUAAAGGAUACUUUGUUAGUAGAAAAAAAAAUACCUAAAAAUGAAGGGGUUAAUGAUUAUAUAAAUGAAAAAAAAAAUGAAAGUAUUAUAAAGAGAAAUAAUUUAUCACAAAGUAAUCAUAAAGUUACAUGUAUAAAAAAUAUACAAGAUGUGAAUAUAUUAAAAGAUACAGAAAAAUAUAAUGACAAAAAUAGUAUGCUAUGUAAUAAUUUGGCGUUAUAUUUAAAAGAUGCUUGUUUAAAUUUGGGUAAGGAAAAACAAUACACUAAUAAUUUAUUAGAAGAAAAAAAAAAGUUAGAAAAUGAAAUAAAAAUUAUGAACACACAAAAAGAUAUUUAUAAAAAGAAAAUCAAAAACUUAGAAAAAUUAUGUAUUGAGAAAAAUAAAAUUACAAAAAAAUAUAAAAAUAUGAAUAACACAUUAAAAUCUUUUGAACAUAUGAAAAUCGAAGUUCCUAAGGGCGACAUGCAUUCUCAAAAUGAAUAUAUAGAAAAUACAAUGGAGAAGUUAUAUAACGUAUUCUUUGAUGCUUUUGGAGAGGAGCAUAUAAUAACCAAAAUGAUUGAAAGUUUAGCUGAUGUUUAUAUUAAAAAGGAAAAAAAUACAGAAAUGAAAAUGAUAGAACACAAGAAGGAAUUGGAUUUGUUAAAAAACGUCGAGGAAAUUGUAAAAAAGAAAGAUCAAUAUUACAACGAAUUAUUAAAAAAAAAUGAAAUUAUAAAGAGUUUAAAUAUCAACCUAAAUAACAUAACCAAAAGCGUUGCUGAUAUGAAAAAGAGCAUAAUCGAAAAUGAAAACAAAUCAAGGGCGUUAUUAAUGGAGUUAUCAAAAAAAGACUCAAUUUUAAAAGAUAUGGAAAAAAAGAUCCUACUAAUGAAAGGAAAAGAAAAGGAAUUUGAAAUUGAAAGAACUAAAAUAAUGGAGCUCCUAAAAGAUAACGAUGGCAACGUGAAGAGCAUAAAAGAAUACAAAGACGAGGUUAAAGCACUCGAAGAAAAAUUAAAAAUCUAUAUAGAUAAAUCUAAAAAUAAAAUGAAUGACAAAAAUUAUGAGAAGAUGGUAGAUAAAUUACAUGAUGAACAAAUAAAAAUACACUCAUUAUUAACAGAAAAAGAAAAAAUUAUAAAUGAAAAAAAUAUUCAAAUUGAUCAUUUAGAAAAUCAAUUACAAUCAUGGGCAGAUGAAGCUACUAAUUGGGUUGUGAUGGCUGAUAAGCAUGCCAAACUUAUAACAAAACACAACAUAUUAAAGAAAAAUUAUGAAGAAUUGAAAUUAAAAUAUAUUAUGGAUAUGAAAUACAUCCAGUCAAAUAAAAAUGAAAAAGUUAAGGAACUCAUAAAAAGGUUUUCAUAA